AUGGAGGACAUGGGAGUAUCAUUGAAUGUUAAAUCGGAAACAGUUAUUUCAAACAUUUGUCAUAAAGCUUGUGUUGAGAUAGAUAAGGUAGGCACGGAGGCUGUAGCCAUUACUGUCAGCACAUCAAGGGGAUGUUCACUGUAUGAGCCAAAAAAAGUUAACUUUUUUGCGGAUCAUCCUUUCUUGUUCAUGAUCAAGGAAGAGGUUUCGGGGUUGGUUAUUUUCACAGGUGCAGUAUUCAAUCUGCAAGACUUGGGAUCAAACUUGGAUUUAGUGAAGCUUGAUGAAAUUUGGAUUCCAAAAUUCAAAUUCUCAUAUGAUUUUGAUGUUUGUGAUGCAAUACAUGAUGUGGGACAUUCAUUGCCUUUCAGUGAAAAUCCAACUGACUUUACAGAGAUGAUACAUGUUCCUAAGGGCAUCCCAUUCUUUGUCUCGAACAUGUUUCACAAAGCUUUUAUUGAGGUCGAUAAGAAAGGCACGGAGGCUACAAUAUUUAGUAUGUGUAGUAUGUUUUCUGGAUGUGCGAUGCGUCAAAUAGAACAUUCAAGUUUCAUUGCUAAUCAUCCUUCUGUCUUCAUAAUCAAGGAAGAGAUGUCAGGGUUGGUUUUUUUCACUGGAACAGUAGUGAAUCCAAUCUAA